CUAGCUGGCAGGGGUCGUGCCGUAUUAUAUGUUUUGUGAUUGAGUACUGCUUGGCAGGAAGACAAUCCCACGAAAAAAUAGUGAAGUGCAAAAUUCUAGGGUCAGGGGAGGUGCUAACUAUGGUUAUUAAGUGUAAUUUAACGAACUGGUAUCGUUAUUGAUUUUAAGUAUGGGUUCCCUAGAUCGUUCCGACUGUAAUUACUACAUAAAUUUGUAUAAUGUCUUUUAUAGUUAGGCGAAUUAGCAGAACAACUCGCUACUACUGAUUGCCUUUGAUGACAGUUGUAAGUGAGGAGCAGCAAUGGCAACUGGUGACACUAAAAAGAGCCCACAAUUGAACAAAAUUAAAUUAAAGGUAGGAAAUAGUAUUGUGACAGCGAGUGAUUCUGAUGCAAGCGUUGAAACGAAUAGUUUGAGUGCUGAUAGCGCAACUGAACAAAAUCAAGUCCAUCAGAAUGAGAAGAGACGGAAGAAGAACCGCAGGGGCUCCGAGUGGGAGAUUAUGGAGGGUUUGAAGGAUGGACAGCGCUUCGAAAAUAAACCGAACCUUUUUAACGGAUAUCUGCAUAAGAAGAGGAAGUGGCCACUGAAAGGCUGGCAUAAGAGGUAUUUCACGCUAGAUAAGGGCAUUUUGGUUUACGGUAAAGGCCCUACAGAGAUAAACAAAGGUAAAAUUCACGGCUCGCUGGACAUAGGUUUGUCGGUAAUCACGACCAAGCAGAGACGCAGACGCAUCGACAUUGACGCAGAAGAAUUCAUAUACCAUUUGAAAGCAAAGACUGAUGAUACUUUUAGCGGUUGGGUGCAACAGUUGACGGCACACAGACUCUACAGGCAGCAUAUCUUGACCUACGGGACGAAUGUCGGCGCGUUAUUCAGUCCCACUGAUGGGCUACAUAAUAUUUCUAGGACUCCAGAAAUUGUUAGUCGUGAUGGCAGCCUCACAAGGGGCUUGAAGCCGCCGAACGGCACUGGUCGCCUUAGUAUUUGGCUUCAGGAGUCUUUGUCGACUUUAGAGCAGUAUCAGAGAGAUGCUACGGUAAUCGAACAGAACAUCACGAAGCUCUCUAGGCUUCUGCAGCAGAUCGAAAGCAGCAAUAUUGUGAUUGCGGAGAGUGCCUGCGAGGCUUUGUCACCUAAUGUUAAAAAGGACAGGAGGAAGUUUGGUCUGAAAAAGAAGAAAUCGUCCAAAGGGGGCAGCGUCGAUUUAACGAUCCAGUUUGCUAACAAAUCUAGUAGCGCGACCGACACCGAUAAUAUUUCUCCGUUAUCUGCUAAUUCCUUCUCUGCAAUUUCUUCUUCACCGCAACUCAAUGCCAUAAAUGCCUCCACUUUGCCCAUACCGAUCAACGCCACGUGCACGACUCCCACACCGGACAGCUUGAGCAACGUAGACGUGAUCUCCCUCACCGUCGAGAACCAGAUGAGGGACGACUUCUUAGCCAUGGCCAAAACCGUGCUGAGCAGUCUGAAGACGCUGACGUUUGGCCUAAGCACGGAACGGGAACGGCUCAAGUCUGCCUUAGAAUCCGAGGUGCAAGUUCCUCCUAAUGUUAGUAAUCGAAACGUAGUCAAUUUAAAAAAUAAUCUCAAUCAAGUCCUUCAACAGAAUACUGAUUUGAGGAGCCGCCUGCUUAGGAUCCACGAAGCCUCCGAUUUGGCUGACUUGUCUUCUUUGGAACACUUGUCAGAAAACCAGCGCGUGCAUAACGUCUCGCUGAGCUACAGCUCGUCUUGCGUGAGUGCCACUGAAUUCUUCGAUGCAGAGGAUUUACCUGUCGAUAAGCCGCCCGACUACAACGAGAGGGCCGAAGAGGAGUCUGAGGUGCGUACCCGCUCGGAGAGCAGUUCCGAGGCAGGCUCGCUUUCUAGCGGGGAAGGAAGCAUCAGUUCGGAGUCGGAGCUGGGCGCAGAGCUGAAUCCGGUGAACAGCUUAGAGGUCGGAGACAGCCAAGGCUUGACGGGUCGUAGGACCGUCUUACCGGUGCCCCGUCCCAUCACGGAGGGUCUGUCGCUGUGGAACCUCCUCAGCAGGAACAUCGGGAAAGAUCUCUCGCAGAUCAGCAUGCCGGUGGCUCUGAACGAACCCUUGAACGUCCUACAAAGGCUUUGCGAGGAACUGGAAUAUUCCGAUCUGUUGGAUAAAGCAGCUAGCAUCGAUGACCCGUACGAGCGAAUGGUUGAAAUUGCGGCUUUCGCCGUCUCCGCUUACGCAAGCACCCUGAGCCGGGCCGGCAAUAAACCUUUCAAUCCGCUGCUGGGGGAGACCUACGAGUGCAUCAGGGAGGACAAGGGCUUCCGAUUUUUAGCUGAGCAGGUGUCGCACCACCCACCCGUAGGGGCGUGCUAUGCGGAGAGUUCUAACUUUACCUUCUGGCAGGAGGCCAGGGUGAAGACCAAGUUCUGGGGCAAGAGCAUGGAGUUUCAGCCUCUUGGCAGCAUCCACGUGUUGCUGCCGAAGACCGGUGAUCUCUACACCUGGAAUAAGGUGACGACGUGCGUGCAUAACUUGUUCAGCGGCCAGAGGUGGGUCGAUCAGUAUGGGGAGCUGAAAAUCAGCAAUGGCAGGAUUACUUGCAAGCUUACCUUCUCGAAGGCUAGUUAUUGGUCAGCGAAACGACAUGAGGUCGUUGGUGCUGUUUUCGACGAAUCCGGCAAACCAGUCAGGCGUUUAUUUGGUAAGUGGUCAGAGUCCCUCUAUUGCGGAGUGGCUCCGUCGGCCAGAUGCAUUUGGCGUGCCGGUACCCUACCACCCAACCACGAACGGUACUAUGGCUUCACCCGUUUCGCCGUAGAAUUGAACGAGUUGGAUCCGGAUUCUUAUUUGUUGCCACCGACAGAUACCAGGCUUAGGCCCGAUCAAAGGGCUUUGGAGGAGGGGGACCUCACUACGGCGGAGAACCUAAAAUUGCAAUUAGAGAUGGCUCAGAGGGAGAGGAGAAAACGUCGCGAGGAGUUAGGUCUGACGUACGAGCCUAGAUGGUUCUCUAGUCCCCAGGACGACGUCUGGGAGUACAAUGGCAAGUACUGGGACAUGAGGAGGAACCCAGGCUUCUCGAAUAUGCAGUUUGAGUCCUUAUGGUGACUUGUGAUCAACUUUACAUUCUGCGAUACGCGUAAAUGUUUUUAGGACUAUUUUUAUGCAAUUGCCCGGUGAUGUGUAUAUUUCGUUCAUGCUGUUUUAGGUUAAGUAGUCAUUUUUAAAGGUUCCAUUGAGUUUUUAAGUCCAUUCUAAUGCCAUGCUUGAGUAUUCGGUGAUACAUAUUGGCGGUAGAGAUCUUGUUCACAUUAUAUUUAACGGAGAGUUUAUUAGGAAAGUGAAAUCAUGUCUACAUUAGGCAAGCGAUACAAAUUAUACCGGUGUUAAUGUUUAAAAAUUAUGUUGUUUAGAAAUUCGAAUGAAGGGCUAAUAGCUAAUAGAAAGAAUAUUAACCAA